UGUACAUCCACACACAUAUUAUGUUAACAUUUUCAUCACUUGAAAAGUGGGGUGAGAGAAUAUCUUUGGUUUGUAGCUGCUUUGGUUAGGCUGUAUAAUUCUUAUUCUUUUAUAAUUAAUCAAAUUGUACAAAUAUAUUCACAUCAAUCAUAUAAUUGCUAUGCACACAUACACUGAACAUGCAGGCCUUCAUGUACCAAGUUUUGGUUAAUAACAAGAGUCGUCAUUACCUCAACCUCAUUUUGAAACAGGAAACACAAUUAAGAACGAAUGUGGCCCAUGUGCUUUGGAUAACUUCUUUUGUUUGUGGUUAGUUGUUGUUUCCAAGCAAAAGUACCUGCCAUUGUGUGUGUAAUUUGACACUCCCACAAGUACUCACACCAGUGCAUUGGAGAGUCAGGAGACUUCAAAGGAUUUGGGUUCAGGUGGGAUUAACCUUAAUCCCCCCUCUUUCUAAGCUACUAUGAGGUCACUCCAUUAGGACCCUCACCUUUGAUUGAAGGGUGAAACAGAUGGUUUAGUCAUUGGUAGCAGAUUUCAUUCAUUGAUGCCCAGACCAGCCCAGACACAGGAUGUUCUCAAUCGGUCCCUGAUCGUGCUCAGUUGCUUGCUCGCUCAGUUGCUCGCAAAGUCUCCUUGCACAUACACAUACCUUCACGUGUUGCUCCUCCACAGCUCCACUGUUUCUUUGUUUUUGUUCGUUCCCUGUGACUCCUGUAUAUUUGUACACUUGUAAGAUGAGACAAUAGCUAGGGUGCGAAAACAAGAUUUUGGGGAGAGAAUGAGAGAUUCUUAUACUUUUGUUCUGGUUUGGAGUUCACUGUUUCACUCAGGCGGUUCAUCAUUGAGGGAAUAACAACACCAUACAGUGGAGUUUGAUCAUUUAGUACAUACACACACUUGCCUCUAUGGACGUUCGAUCCAGCAUAGCUCAGGAUGGAUCACGUUGGGAUAUCAUUGAGGACCUGGAUCUCUUCUACUUCAGACAGCUUGCUGUCAGUCUACAGGACUAUGACAUGCAACAGAAGAUCGACCUGGAGAUCAAGAUGAGAGAGGGCACGCGGAAGCUCCUCGUGGCUUGCAAGAGGGAAGCCCAGAGCCUGGAAGCAGCGAAAAACCUGCUCACAUCCAACGUGCGCGUCCUCUCGUACAUGUCAGAGCUCCAGCGACGCAAGACGGCAGAGUUCGCGGAUCGGGCGGCGUCGCGGAAGAUCAAGAGCGCCGGCAGUGAUUCGGGCGUAGAAGCGGAAGCAGGAGGUGAUGUGAUUGAGCCGUGUAGAGCUACAGUGUGUGUCUCAGAUUUACGAAUUCCCCUUAUGUUGAGAGGCGUGGACCAUAUCAAGAACAAAGGAGAUCAUCACAGGUAUGCAGUCUUCUGCCUGCUGAAGAUAGACACCCAAAUCUAUGCCACUCAACUGGUAUCUAAUAUAGACAGGACAGCAACAGAUGUCAACUUCAAAGAUGUCAUUGUCUUUGAUAACGUGAAGCCAGAUUUCACCUGUAUCCUAGAAGUCUAUUCAUACAACCUUCACAAUGACAUGACGAUAGCAAGCACACCACAGAAGAUCAGACGCAAGUUGAGCGCCCUCUCUGCGUCAGUGGGACGGCGGGGAAGUCUAGGUCACCGAACACAGGUCAACUCAACCAGUGGGUCCACUGAAGAAGAGCAGAAUGAAGGGCCGAGGUACAGCUUAGUAGCCAGAGCUAGACUGAGGUUACAGCAAGUCAGUGAUCAAGUUCAGACAUUUGAUCUCAACACAGAGAACGAUGAUAACACAGCACACCAGCUGCAGUUGUUUGGUAAUAUCUGUUGUCGACUAGCUGCUCAACCACUGUGCACGGUAGAGGAGAGCAUGUCGGGGUACCUUUCCAGUCAGGAUGAGUUCCAAGGUAAACCAGUAUCAAACAGACUUUGGUGUAGAUUACAAGGCUCUCAUCUAAUUUGCUGGGAUGAUCCUACGGAAGGAAAUCUAGGGGAACCAUCCAUGACUCUACAACUCAGAAAGAACUCUUCAGCGGUCCGAUCAACGUGCUGCACAGACCCACUGUCGUUUGUGAUCGGCGGUUGCGGUGACAAUCCUGACAGAAAACGUCCAUUCAUGGCAGAAUCAGAAGAGGAGCUAGAAAUGUGGCUAAAAGGGUUUGAGCAGCAACUAAUCAACAUUGAAACUUGGUCUGAGUGUUGUCACCAGAAGAUGAAGAUCUACUCCCCCUUCCCUGGCAGAUCAGAUCUGGUGCUAGCAGAGAGAAAGGGCUCCCUCUAUGAUGAAUGUUCUUUAGUAUCGCCAGAGAGAGAAGAGUUCAAUGAUGAGAAUGUCUUCCAAGGACCUCCGUCAGACAACCUGCGCAGUCGACGAAAGAUGAGAUCGCAGAGCAUGGCAGCAGUACCCAGCACAUCAUCAUCGUCAUCAACGUCAUCCUUAUCAUCGUCUCCCCUGCUUCCUUGGAAGAGACCGGUGGUGUUACCUGCAGCAGAAUCAUCCCCCUCGACAUCGUCCCCGACGUCGUCAGCGAUAUCAUCGUCAUCAACUCAGUCACCACCUCUCUUCCCAUUCGAUAAGACCGUCCUUCAGAAAGAAACAACAGUAUGAGGUUCAGAACCUUGACAGCUCUGCUCCAGUUAUUACAUAAGAAGUAAACAUUAUUGGGUGUUACUGUGUGAAUACACCAGUUCGUAGGUAGCACACGGUUCAAAUCGCCCCAUAUAUCAACAGACCUUUCACACAUGGAGAUGUCCCACUUUUUGCAUUUAAGGGUGCGUUCAAGCAAUUUUUUAAAGCUAGCAUCACAAACAUGGAUCACAAAUCAAAACACCGUUACAAAACAUGGUUACUAGCUGCGGGAAAUCGUUCAAGUGAUUUUACAUGAACGUUACCACGUUACAAAACUCGUCUUUUUCAGCGUUUCAUGUUUGCGUUAUGAAACCUGUUUAUUUUUACAACUGACGAAAAAUUGCUUGAAAUCGCUUGAAAGCAACCGUGUUUUAAACUGAACGUCUUUGCAACAGCGUUUCUAGGGUGAAAAAGUGUCGCUCGAACGCACCCAUAGAAUAAUCACAAUCAAUGUGAUGAAGGUGCUUCAUGUAUACCUUAUGUUUGCCCUCUCCUCAUCUCACCUCUCCUUUUCUAAUCAAUAUAUUCCAAAAGAUGUUCAGAACCUACAGCUACACAUACCAUUAUAUGUAUAAUCAUACAAUCAUACUCAGCAAUAAGUAACUUAUAACACACUAAAAUAUUUGAAUAUUUAAAAAAUCAUUCACUUUUAUAUUCUCUUCUUGCACACUUUGAUCAAAAUUUUGUAGAAAGAGUUUCAUAUAUAUUUAUUUUUGAAAUCAUAGACACUGUAUAUUAAUGGCACAUAUUAUUUAUGAGUUUAUCUAGAUCAUGAGUUAUCUUUAUUCGAUGAUAACUUAUCUUCAUUUUAUGAUUGUUUUAUAUCUUCUUUUUCCCUGUAUAACGCUUACAUAUACUAUCAACUUUUCUGUUUGUCCUUAUCUAUUUCCGUAAUUUUGUAUCGUUGGUUUUCUUACAUCAUUUCUUUCUAAAAAUGUAUGAAAUAUUUAUUUGUUAGUAAUUGUUCUGCAGAGAGGCAAAACGGAUUAAUUCAUAUCAUUUGACAUAGAGUUGAUGCUCUCCUCUCUCUCUCUCUCUCUCUCUCUCUCUCUCUCUCUCUCUCUCAACUAUUUUCUUUCUCUUUUUCAUAAUUUGAGAUCAAAUCUUCCUUUUGUUUCAUUGUAAGCUUGAUGCCAGUCAUGCAGCGAUCUUCCAGUCAAUUCCAAAAGACAGUUUGUUACUUGAGUGAAAAUAUGCCAUUGUAGAAAAAGAAACAACAUGAACAAGGAUAACAUUCCUUAUUCAACCUAUCACAUUAUUUUUAUACUGGGCCUUGUAACAUGAACGUAAUCAACUGCAAAUCAAUUGAAUCAGUAUUAUCUGUGUGAUUAAACAUAUAUCAGUGUAACACUUUGUUACCAUGUAUGCACUUCAUUUUACAAAUAGUAAUUUGAAGUAAAAGUAAAAAGAAUGUCGUCAAAUAAGAGCUACUGAUCAAAAAUAUGUUUUUUUAAAAUGUCACAGCAGUUAAUGAUGAUUUUACCGCUACAUUCCUUUAAAUUGUACAAAAGAAAUGUUGUCUUUUUUUUUAGGGAAGCUAAAGUGAUAUUAAAAGGUGAUCCCAUUCCAUACAUCAUUGUUCAAUGUAAAGCAAGAAAGAUAUAAUAUGUAUAUUCAUGAUUAUAGAAAAAGAAUUAAUAUUUGAGUUGAAUGUCGGACAUGUACCUCCUUGUAUAUUGCACCCCUUCCCCUUUGGCUUUCCGUAAAUUCAGAUGUACUUACAAAAUGCAAACAUUUUGCUGCUUCCAUAUUUGUUUUCAUUCCAUAUUCCAUUUGAUUUCUUCCAAAUUCAGUUUGUAUUUGCCUCAGCAUCAUUUUUUUCCAGCUAUCUGGCUUCCAUGAAUGUUUAUUGUUUUAUAAAUUGUUCAUUCCCAUCAUAUCUCAUUAGGUUUAUUCUAUAAUUUUUGUUAUUACAAUUUUAAAAUUACCAUUCAUGCAGUUCUGAAACCCAAUGUCAUAUUCUUCAGAGAGUAUUCUGAAGGUUCGUUCAGAUAUGAUGCAGUAAACCACCGCAAAACAGCUGCCACGUUUUUUAAACGUGUAAAUGAAUGGCAACUGCCUAGGUGCAACAAAGUUCCUGGGCAUAUUCACUGAGCUCUGUGUUGUAAGAUACAGAAAUGUGAUGCCUAUUGCACUUCGCGUCAUUAAAAUCCGCUGUGGUUUUGCCACAUAUCUGAACGUGGCUUAAGCCCCUCUGCACUAGUUUGGCCAGGAGGGACUAGACCUCCCUGCAUGGUCACUUACAGGUGGUUAUCUCAUCAAAUCAGCUCUCAAUUAACAUAAGAAAAAGGGGACCAUGGGGAAUCAAUGAUCACUGAUUGGGCAUCCUUUGCUUUAUAGAGGGUGCAGGUAGCUAUAAGUAGUGCAGUGGGGCUUUAAGUGUAAUUUAUUUGGUUGGAAUAUGCAGAGUAACAUGUAUAGAAGAUAUGUACAGUACCGUUUAUGGAUUUGAAAUAGAAACUGAAAUAGAAAAAUCAUGACAAGGAUUUUUGUUCACAGGAUACCUACUAGAAGAGUUUUUCCAUUUUCCUUGUUUUUGUUCUGUUUAUACCAGGGUUAUUGAAUGAUUUGCAGGGUUCUGAUGUGCUACUUUCAGAUCAUUUUUUGCACCACAGCAUUUUGAAGAAGUGUGCUUGUGUUUAGAAUAAGAUAAAUAUUAAAAGUAUUACACAGUAAUAAGAAGACAAAUGUCUUUUGUUAUCCAGAACAAAUUACAGCAAUAUUAGAAGUUUAGAAGUUCUACUUCUUUCGGGGAUAUGUUUUGCUGAGACUAGACCCUAUGUGCGACUUCAUCAUUCCCUCUCUUGUCUUCAAGCAAGUCAAAAGUCAGAAGAUUUUUUUUUUUUUUUUUUAAUUUUCCAAGCAAAUUAAUUUUUCUGUCCAUCAUUCAUGAGAGUGAAACCUGGUUCUAAGGAAAUUGUUUUAACAAAGCCUCAUUUUCGCAAAAUCAUGUUGCUGAACCCAGUUCUUUGUUGACCUGUUAUAACGAGAUUUCAAUAAGAGAGGACAAUUUUCUUUGGGCCAAAUGGUCUUUUGUUUAAAGAGGUUCCACUGUAUUUCAUUAGACA